CAACAAACGAGAAGUUACGGUGGUAUCGCGAGACCAUCAGGCUGAGCUGCAUUUUGUCAGCUGCAUUGGGUCAGUUUCUUUCUAAAUGUCUAAAUCCUGUGUCCGAUAUUAACUGCUGUACAUGAAGUCAUAGUUUAACAGGAACUUCUACAAUCUCCGGUGCUGAGGAAGGACCCAAAACAUGGAGGCUGGUGAAGGCGGCAGCGCCACUACCACUCCCGCAGAGGAGAUCAACGGAGCUUCAACCUUAAUGGACUUCUUGGAUGAACCUUUCCCUGACGUCAGCACGUACGAGGACUUCCACACCAUUGACUGGUUGCGGGAGAAGUCCAGAGACACGGACCGGCACCGGAAGAUCACCAGUAAGAGCAAGGAGUCCCUCUGGGAGUUGAUAAAGGGCCUGCUGGAUGCCUGGUCAGGAUGGGUGGUGAUGCUGCUCAUCGGUCUUCUCUCAGGAACGCUGGCCGGCGUUAUUGACCUGGCAGUGGACUGGAUGACAGACCUGAAGGAGGGCGUCUGCCUCUCUGCUUUCUGGUACAGCCACGAGCAGUGCUGCUGGACCUCCAACGAGACCACCUUCGACGACCGCGACAAGUGUCCGCAGUGGCAGAAGUGGGCGGAGCUCAUGACAGGCCAUUCUGAGGGAGCCGGAGCGUACCUGUUGAACUACUUCCUGUACAUCCUGUGGGCUCUGCUGUUCUCCUUCCUGGCUGUGUCGCUGGUUCGGGUUUUUGCCCCGUACGCCUGCGGUUCGGGGAUCCCAGAGAUUAAAACGAUUCUGAGUGGCUUCAUUAUUCGGGGCUACCUUGGAAAGUGGACCCUGCUGAUCAAAACCGUCACCCUGGUUCUGGCGGUAUCGUCGGGUCUCAGCCUGGGGAAGGAGGGCCCUCUGGUCCACGUGGCCUGUUGCUGUGGAAACCUCUUCUGCAGCCUCUUCUCCAAGUACAGCAAGAACGAGGGCAAACGCAGAGAGGUGUUGUCGGCGGCGGCCGCCGCUGGAGUUUCGGUGGCUUUUGGAGCGCCCAUCGGAGGAGUUCUGUUCAGCUUGGAGGAGGUUAGCUAUUAUUUCCCUCUCAAGACGCUGUGGCGUUCCUUCUUUGCCGCUCUGGUCGCCGCCUUCACUCUGCGCUCCAUCAACCCGUUCGGAAACAGCCGGCUGGUUCUGUUCUACGUGGAAUACCACACUCCCUGGUACAUGGCGGAGUUGGUGCCCUUCAUCCUUCUGGGCGUCUUUGGCGGCCUCUGGGGAACCCUCUUCAUCCGCGCCAACAUUGCUUGGUGCCGCCGGCGAAAGACCACCCAGCUGGGGAAGUAUCCCGUGCUGGAGGUGAUCGCCGUGACGGGGAUCACCGCCGUGUUGGCGUAUCCCAACCCGUACACACGCCGCAGCACCAGCGAGCUGAUCUCGGAGCUCUUCAACGACUGCGGGGCGCUGGAAUCCUCGCAGCUCUGCGAUUACAUCAACAACCCCAACAUGAGCCGGCCGGUGGACGACAUCCCCGACCGGCCCGCCGGACCCGGCGUCUACAACGCCCUGUGGCAGCUCGCCCUCGCCCUCAUCUUCAAGAUCGUCAUCACCAUCUUCACCUUCGGCAUGAAGAUCCCGUCGGGUCUCUUCAUCCCCAGCAUGGCCGUUGGAGCCAUCGCUGGGCGGAUCGUGGGGAUUGCCGUGGAGCAGAUGGCGUACCACCACCACGACUGGAUCAUCUUCAAGAACUGGUGCCGCCCCGGCGCCGACUGCGUCACGCCAGGACUGUACGCCAUGGUGGGAGCCGCCGCCUGCCUGGGCGGCGUGACCAGGAUGACCGUCUCGCUCGUCGUCAUCAUGUUCGAGCUCACCGGCGGCCUGGAGUACAUCGUCCCUCUCAUGGCCGCCGCCGUCACCAGUAAAUGGGUCGCCGACGCCUUCGGAAAAGAGGGCAUCUACGAGUCGCACAUCCAACUCAACGGGUAUCCUUACCUGGACGUGCGGGACGAGUUUACCCACCGCACCCUGGCCACAGAUGUGAUGCGGCCUCGCCGCAGCGACCCGCCUCUGGCCGUCCUAGCGCAGGACAGCACCACAGUGGAAGACGUGGAGACACUCAUCAAAGACACGGACUACAACGGCUUCCCGGUGGUUGUGUCCAGAGAGUCGGAGAGACUCAUAGGCUUUGUCCAGCGUCGGGACCUGAUCCUCGCCAUCAAAAACGCACGCCAAAAGCAGGACGGCGUGGUGAGCAGCUCGGUGGUCUACUUCACGGAGGACGCGCCGCAGCUGCCGGCCAGCAACCCGCAGCCGCUGAAGCUGCGCCGCAUCCUCAACCUCAGCCCCUUCACCGUCACCGACCACACCCCCAUGGAGACGGUGGUGGACAUCUUCCGCAAGCUGGGCCUCCGCCAGUGCCUGGUCACGAGAAGCGGGCGGCUGCUGGGCAUCAUCACCAAGAAGGACGUCCUGCGACACAUGGCUCAGAUGAUGAACCAGGAUCCCGAGUCCAUCAUGUUCAACUAACCAGCUGUGUACAAACGCCACUGAAGCAUCCCGCCCCCCUCCCCGUCCUCUGACAGGCAAGCCCCGCCCCUCACCUCCAUGCGGACCGCAACAAUAAAAGAUCCCUAUUCAUUACAGCUGCGUUCAUUUAAAAAAUCAAAAGAAGGCAGCAAAAGCGGCGAGGUCUAUGAGGUUGUACUGACGUUUGGGGUCCAGCUGGGGUCUGCAGGAUUUAGCGUAUAGCUUUGAUGGGCAAGCGGGGGGGGGCUGUGCCAGAAGGUCAUGACUUCAUUAAAAAAAUGGUUUUGUGUUUGUGACAGCCUCCACUCUGUUUAUCAGAAAACAAACAGCUACAAGCUUACACCUUUCACAAUAAAAGUUUGACGAAGGGCAUAUCACAGAAAAAAUAAAAAGUCAUGUUGAGAAAUGUGUGGCAUUUCAAAAUAAGAGUGAAGACCAAUGAAACUCUAUAAAGUUAACGUUUUAAUAAGCUUUUAGUUAAAUGGUUUAUUUAAUUUUUUGGGGCUUUUAUUUGCCUUUUAUUGAAGCUUCCAAUGUGACAGACUGAGCUUGUUUUAUUUAUUUCAUUUCUUUUUGGAGUUUCUGUUGCACUUUGGGGUUGUUGCUGCAAUGCUGCCAUGUUUUUGUGAAGGCGAUCCUUUUCCUCCGAGUUGAAACUGUUUGUGCUGCUCGUGUUUAUUCUGAAGGAGACUUCAAUGGACCGACUUUGACUCGACGCGCUCCUCCUUCCUGCUCCUGUUUCUGUACCGUAGGUUCUAUUCUGUGUGGUUCGGUUUUGUUGUGAAGCUCAAACAAGACAGGAAACUGUUUUGUUGUCAAUUGCCAACAGAAUGUACUGAGAAGUUUUAUUGUAUUAUGUAAAUACUGCAAAUGACCUGUGAAAAAAUGUUUUAUUUAAUUCAGUUUAAAGCACUACCACUGGACUAGUUUUUGUUGUUGUUUUUUUUAACAGAAACAUGGUUCACCCUGACCUCCUUUGCACUUUUCUUUUAGGUUUUGCAAACAAAAAGAUGAUCAAAUAAAUUCUUAAAGAUUAA